CCGGAAGCGGACUCCCCAAAGGAACACCCCCCUUCUUAUGAGUAUUAUUAUUAUUGAACGCUAUCCGGAGCUGCUGCUUGUUGCAAUUCUUUUUAUUUUGCAACUGUUUUUAUUCCUCCCCUCCCUUUUUUCUUUUUCACAUGGAGUGCCUGAACUCCACCUAGGAAGAGGACCAUCCAGGUGGCCGCGGACAAUGAGCAAUGAUUUGAGUCCAUGGGAGAACACGACUGAAGGGGUGACGACGGUGCCCAGUGAGGUGACGUCCCAGGAUGGGUAUGUGUUGCUUCUGGUGCUGCUCUCCAUCUUUAUCGGGGGCACCCUGGUGCUUCUUUUUGGUGUCCUGAUCAUCUGCCGGCGCUGCUGUGAGACGGACCGUCGGCACUCCAGAGCCAACGAUGAUCCGGAGAAAACAAACACGACUUACCUGGACGACUCCCAGCCAGCUCAAGACAUCACCAUUAAGAUAGAGGACCCCGACUGUAUGUCGAGUUCCAGCUACCGGGAUGCGGAGAGUGAGCGGUUUCUGUCCUCCGGAAGCGCCACUGGGAGGCGGGUCUCCUUCAACGAGGCUGCCCUUUUUGAGCAGAGCAAGAAGACCCAGGAGAAGGGGAGGAGGUACACGCUGACUGAGGGGGAUUUUCACCACCUCAAGAACGCCCGCCUGAGCCACCUCCCCCUCCCCCCUUCGGCUGCCCUCAAAAUUGUCACCAUCCACGAGUGCGAAUCCAAUGAGAACAGCAUCGCUAUGACUCCUCGCCGCCCUCCCGCCAAACCCAGCCUUGCCAUCUUUCAGCCAGGGCGGGGCCCCCUGCCUCAGACUGCUCUAACCAGCCACGCCAUGUGCCCCAGCUCUGCCCUGCCAGGGGACACCUACAACUCCACCGUGGAGGCCAGCCCGUCCAUUUCCUCCGAUUCUGGGGAGGCACCUUUGUCUGACAGUGCGGCCAGGAGUCCGAAGGGGAACGGGGCAGGCGGCCCUGCGCCCGGGGAACCUGCUCCCACCCCUGCCCAGGGCACCGUCCUGCACUUCUUCACCCGCUUGCGGCGCCAUGCCAGCCUGGAGGGCGCUAGCCCUUAUUUCAGGAUCAAGAAGUGGAAGCUGGAAAGCAGCCAGAGGGCCUCCAGUCUGGAUACGCGAGGCUCCCCUCGACGCCACCAGUUCCAGCGGCAGAGGGCAGCCAGCGAGAGCAUGGAUCAGGACGACCGGGACCCCCACCAGACGGACAUCAUCCAGUACAUCGCCCGGACCGACAACGUGGCAUUUCAACCUGUGGCUGGGCCAUUCUUGCCGGCCCCAGCCAGCCCCACCCUCUCUCUCGGCAGGUUAGAGCCAUCAGAGUCAAUUGGCCCCCCCUCUCCUGAGCCCCCGCCAUUGGAUCAGCCGCCCACCCCGCUUUAUCAUGAUAUCUGGAGCCUCCGGGCCUCACUAGAGAUGUACGCUUCGUCUGAGCAGGGGACCGACCGGGAGUCUGUCCGCAGCGAUGGGGGGGACAGUGUUUCCUCCUCCUCGGGGGGUGGCCUGCCCAGCUUCCCUUCUUCUCUGGCGGACGAGGCUGAAGGACCGGAUGACAAGCCAUGGGGGAAGCCCAAGCAAGACAGCGUGGAGUCGGAGGCCGGGACACGCAAGUUGUUGCAGAUGGACAGUGGCUACGCGUCGAUCGAAGCCCCCAGCAGCAGUCGUGCCGGCGAGGACCAGACCGCCUCUGAGAAGCGUCACUGCUUUACCAGCGCUGGCCGCAAGGCCACCAUCUUUGAAAGCUUUGAAGGACAGGAGUUUGAAGAUGAGGAGAGAGGAGCAGCUGGGGGGUUGCCCCCCCACAGUCCAAUGGUAUGGGCCCCCUACGGGCAAAUGUUCCCCACACGGGAAUCUUUGCCCCGCCGGGAUUAUAGCAUAGAUGAAAAAACCGAUGCACUUUUCAAUGCAUUUGUCCGUCACGACCCUCAGUUUGACGAGUCGCCUCUGCGGGCAAAGCACCGUUCCCGGACCCACCUGCGUAAGCAGUGGCAGCGAACCAAGCAGUAUAGCGAUCCCGGGGUCCGUUACCCGCCUGCCCUGGAGAGGCACCGUACCCCGCUGCGCCGUGGUGACAGUGUCAACUACCCCCUGGAUGGGCGAUACCACAGCACCCUGCCCCGCAUCAUCAGUGCUGGUGAUGAGGAGGUCACAUCACCGGCAGCAGAAGCCAGCGACAAAAUCCAGGUGAUUGAGGAAGAACCGCCAGAAGAGUCCAAAACGACACCUGACCCAUAUGGUGACGACUGCCUGGGAGGCGGUGAAUGCCCAGGGUUUGGUGACCUCAGCACAGAACUGAUGGACAAGAUUGCAGGGGGGCUGGAGGACAGGUUUUAUGGGCACCUGAAAAAACAGAGAGAGAGUCCAGAGUGUGUGGUGGUUGUGGCAGACACCUCCCCUGACCACAGCCCUGAGUAGUUGGGGCAUGGCUACACAGCUCACGAUGGGCACGGGAGCAAACUCUCUGCUUCGGGCUGGCGGUGCUAGUGUAGAACUUGCCACCCAGCUGGGGCGUCGGGCAUGCCAGGGGUGCGAGCGUACGGGGCUACCUCAGCUGACAGCGAGCCAUACCACCGCGCUUCCACCACAUUCUGGGUAGCUCGUAUCUCAUGAGGAGACACCCCGUGCAGUAGAAAGUCUAGGCCAGUAGGCCGUCUUGUUGGAAGUCCCUAACGGUGUCUGCUGACGGUGAUCCCCUCCAGGUGUGAGCCCCUGGCUCGGUAAACUCCACCGAUAAAACAGCCAGGAGCCACGGGAGACCAGGCCAGGUUUACCUUCUGCAUGGGAAGGUCAGAGGAGGAGGGCAGGAACUUGCUUCACAGGGCUGAGGCUUCGGCUCCCUUCUUGUUAGCGCCCGAGAGGGGGGUCCUCAGCCCCACCAGUUCCCCCUCCACUGUAGGUUUGCCAAAGUUGGCGCGUACGUUGCACAGCCAGGAAGUUAAGUUCUACGGAACGUUUUCUUACUGAUAAUAAAGACCCUGAAAACCUACUGGAGGCCCCAGUGUUUACCUCAUGAUGUAAAAGCUGGUUGUAGCAGAUAUUAUGGCCCCUCCACUCCUCGCUCUCUCUCUCUCUCUGGUUUUUUGCAAGCAAUAACCAUGUCUUUGCCGCCCCCUGGCUGUCUGUCCUUCUGGGGGCAGGAGACUAUGAGAGCGUCUCUUCCAGCUGGGACCAACCAAAACCAUCCCAGCCUGGUUCUAGAAGGAAUGAUGAUUUGACUUAAGGUUAGGCCGAGCCACAGCUAGGGCACUCUUGCUGGGAUGGUCCCCUGCAUCUCUGGGGCCAAACAUGGACUGGCAUUUCAGAAGGAGGAGACCAGAUGUUGGUAACGGAGAAGCAGUGAAAGGAAAGCUCCGCUGUCUGUGUCGGGCAAAGCAUCUCUGCUGUUCCUCUGCUCCUUUGUCAGUGCGCGAGAACAUCUCUCCACCUAUACUGUGCCUCAGUUCCCCCCUUCAUCACCCCUUUUCCUGGUAGGCGGGAAGCGGCCACCCCCUAUCUCGGAUGCCGGCUGCAAUGAACAGGAGCUCACUCGAAAAGGGGUUAUUGCUCUUCUCCCCAACAGCAUUUUGAGCUUCACAACAAUGCAACGGGGCUCUAGAUUGCCCUCUGGGUUCCAGACCCCCAUCGAAAGCUGCAUCAUUGUGAGGAGGGUGAGACCUCACCCCCCCAAGUAAGAUCUCAUGGACUAUAAAGAAGGUGGAGGGGUGUGUGGAAGGAAUACCUCGCUAUCCCUGAAAUGUAACUGGCGAGAGAUUUGAGUUUAUGAAGAUUGGGGUGGCAGCAUAUCACUCUCCAUUCGCCUCCCCCUCCCAUGCAGAGCUGCAGGUGUAUUCUGUUACUGCCUAGUCCUGAAAAGCCCUUGCAAUCCCCAGCUAAGCCAAGUGGAUGCCAAAUGCCGAUUGUCACGUUUUGUUUCUAUUUAUUUAUUUAUUUUAUUUUAUUCUACCCCGGAAGGAGGGGGGGGGGCGGCAGUUCCAAAGGACUCUUGUUGAUGCUCGAAGAGACAGCAAACAGAGCACUGCAGGAGAAUCUCUCCGUUCCCAGGACCCCUCCCUCCCGCUCACCCCCUCCUGCUGGAUAUGUUAGGGGGGUUUAUGUUUUUUUUUGGGGGGGGGGAGAAUGCAGGGAGAAUGUGCCAAUUCCCUUCUGUUCCCCUUCCGCACCUUUCCCUUGUGCUGCUUUGAUAUUUGCAUGUGAAAAGGGGGGUGGUGGUGGAGGAAAAUGCAUAGAUUUGGAGGGGGGGUGGUACAAUCCUACAUCCCACUUUUAUAAUAAAAUUUAUCUCUAAAGCACUACUCAAAAGGGAGGGGAGAGGAGUCAUUUUUAUGUCUACAGAGAACAGAGAGGAGCUUUUUAUGUACUGGGUGGGGGGGAAGCGAAUCUAGACUAUUCCACCACCCUCCACACACAAGGGUUGACCUCCACCGAAGCUACUGUUCUUUGUUUUGCUAACGGGGCAGCAGGCAAGAGGGAAAGAGCUGCCCCCCUCCUUCCUACACCAUGGCUGAAAAUAUUCCCCCCUUCCCUUUUUGACAACAAACUUUAUUAAAAACUAUGUGCCAAUGUUCUCUAA